AUGUUCUCUUCUUUGCCACUUUCAGGACCCUUCAGCUCGCCUCUGGCAGCUGUUGGGGUCUGGUUUGGACUGGGUGUACUACUGAGCAUCCUGUAUUUCCUCGCGGUUAUUAUUUAUAACAUAUACUUUCAUCCUUUGGCAAAGUUCCCUGGCCUGAAGUCCCACGCGGCUACGCGAAUUCCUUACUUCCAGGCUUUACUCGGUGGCCGAACCGGCAAAGUUAUCAAAGACCUACACGAACGAUACGGGGAAGUAGUCCGCAUCGCUCCCAACGAACUAUCCUUCAUCGACGGCGAGGCCUGGACGGCAAUAUACGGCACCCGACCCGGACAUAGGCAGAAGCCGAAGGAUGUCCGCUACUAUCCACCCACAGCAGCCGGAGUUUCCAGUAUCGUUCUCUCCAACGAUGAAGACCACACUCGCUUCCGGCGUACACUGUCCCAUGCAUUCUCCGAGAACUCUUUGCGUGCCCAAGAGCCGCUCGUCAACGGCUACGUCGACCUCUUGAUCCAGCGUCUGCACGAGCACUGCGACGCCGGCAACAAACCGCUCGACAUGGUUGCAUGGUACAACUUCACCACCUUCGACAUCAUCGGGGACCUGGCUUUCGGGGAAUCGUUUGACUGCUUGCAGAACUCGGCGUAUCACACUUGGGUCUCGAUGAUCUUUAAACACAUCCGCUCCGGCACGUAUGGAAACGUUGCAAGACGCUUUCCCGGAUCCAACUUUCUUCUGCCUCUCAUCACGCCCACGCACAUAGCGAAUGGGAGAAAGUGGCAUGUUGAGCUCACGAGAGAGAAGGUCAAGGCCCGGCUUGCCAAGCCAAACGACCGGAUGGAUUUCUUCGGACAUAUCCUGAAACAGAAGGACACUGAGCGGGCCAUGAGUUUCAACGAGAUGGUCACAAACGGCAGCACAUUGAUUGUUGCCGGCUCUGAAACGACGGCAACCCUGCUCUCGGCUGUUACGUACUAUCUGCUGAAAAAUGAGCGGGUUCUGAGCAAGCUCCAGCAGGAAAUCAGGAGCUCGUUCCACAGUGAAAAGGAUAUCACUGUUGUGGCUUGUAACCAGCUCGAAUACCUCAAUGCCGUGUUGACGGAGGGCCUCCGCAUCUUCCCGCCCGCUCCUACUGGACUACCCAGAAUUGUUGACGGAGAUGGUGACACGAUUGCUGGGAAAUGGGUCCCUGGGGGGACCAUCGUCUCCAUCCCACACCUCGCCGCCUUCCACUCAUCAUCAAACUUCACAGAGCCGGAGUCAUUCAUCCCAGAACGCUUCCUCGGCGAUCCUCGAUUCGCCAACGAUAGCAAAACCGUACUGCAGCCGUUUAGCUUCGGGCCCCGGAACUGCAUUGGACGCAAGUACUUUGGCCAACGCGAGAUGCGGCUUAUUCUGGCUCGGGUGCUGUACAAUUUCGAUCUGGAACUGGAUGAGCGGAGCGUGAAUUGGAAUCAGCAGGAGAUCUAUAUUCUGUGGAAUAAGCCGUGUCUUUAUGUUAGGUUGCACCCUAGAGUGGGUGUAUAG